AUGGUUCUCAAGACCGAGCUGUGCCGUUUUAGUGGUGCCAAGAUCUAUCCUGGGAGAGGAAUUAGAUUUAUCCGUAGUGAUUCACAGGUUUUCCUUUUCGUUAAUUCGAAAUGCAAAAGGUACUUCCAUAACAAGUUGAAGCCGUCAAAGCUUACCUGGACUGCCAUGUACCGGAAGCAACAUAAGAAGGACAUAGCCCAAGAAGCUGCGAAGAAGAGGCGUAGAGCUACCAAAAAGCCUUACUCAAGGUCUAUUGUUGGUGCUACUUUGGAAGUUAUUCAGAAGAAAAGAUCAGAGAAGCCCGAGGUUCGCGAUGCUGCCAGAGAAGCUGCUCUUCGUGAAAUUAAGGAGAGAGUGAAGAAAACUAAGGAUGAAAAGAAGGCAAAGAAGGCGGAAAGUCAAGCUAAGGCACAGAAGUCUGUAGGAAAAGGGAAUGUUACCAAGGGUGCUGCAUCAAAAGGUCCUAAGCUUGGUGGUGGAGGCGGAAAGCGCUGA